AUAGCAAGUUUUUUCCUCAUAGACUAUAUCUUUAAAAAAAUUAUAUGAAAAUGAAUAAUCUCUCACUCUUAUUUCUCACUCAUCUCACACUAUUUUUCAUUUGUGUUUGUUCACAAAAUAUAGCACAAACACAAUUUGUUUAUAAAUGGUCAGAAACUUAUUGUAAUAAGGAUACUCCAGUGGGAUGUAAGCAAAUUCCUCCUCUCAAAUUCACUUUGAAUGGUUUUUGGGGCACAGAUUCCAAUGGAAAUAUUCAACAAGGUUGUAGAGAUCCAGAAAUACGUGAUUGGAACAAAGUGUUUGAUACCACGAUGGUAAAUAAACUCAGCCUAUUUUGGCCCUCUCUCACUAAACAAGAUUCCAAAGACAUGUGGAAGGAAGCUUGGAAUACAUAUGGAACAUGUACAAUGGAAAGGUUCAAAACUCCAACACAAUAUUUCAAUAGGGCUUCAAGAUUGGAUAGUGAAAUUGGAGAUUUAUUACAAAGUCAUUUAAUAAACUCAAAUGGAAUUGUCCCUUGUGACUCUGCUACAUACAACAAUGUUGAAAUAUUGAACUCAUUCAAACAAGUUUCAAACAAUAAGGAUGUGUCUUUUACUUGCAAAGACAUUAAUGCAACUCAUGCUUAUUUGAAUCAAGUUACAUUUUGCUACACAAAUGAUGCAAAGAAUUUUGUGGAUUGUCCAACUUCUGUUACUAACAAACGUUGUCGUGUCCAAAACAUUAUUGUUCCUCGUCCUUCACCUCCAAAGGUACGCGCUUUCUUCAACACUACAAAAAAAAAGAUAUUUUGUGACAAUAGAUUUUUUUUCCGCAAAAGUAUUUAA